AUGUGCCUUUCAUCACCAACGCUUGUUUGUUCUUGUCCAACGUCGUCAAUGGCAUCAACAACAACAGCACCAGUUAAAGACGAUCUAAUAUCGAACAAGCUGGUAACAGAUUUCUCUUCAGAAGAUAUACUUGUCGAUAAAAACUCGAUGCCAGAAGAUGAUCCUAAUGGUAAUACAUUACAUGAAGCUCAUAACAUACGGUGGGGACCUCAACAUGCCGGUGCAAAAUUGCUCGCCAGUCAAUACACAAAUGAAAAACGUAUUCAAGAAAUAAUAUCCGUUGCUCUAUGUAUUUUCUUAAUGAUUUACAAUUUUUUCUAUAUCUGUUAUUAUUUUGAUGUUAGAAAAUGCUUUCUGAUCAUUCCCUCUGCUCUAUUAGGAAUUUUAACAGCUGAUUUUGCAUCAGGUAUUGUCCAUUGGGGUGCUGAUACAUGGGGUUCAGUUGACAUGCCGUUUAUUGGUCGAAAUUUUCUACGUCCAUUUCGAGAACAUCAUAUCGAUCCAACAUCCAUAACACGUCAUGAUUUUAUUGAAACUAAUGGUGACAAUUUCGCAGUUAUUGUUCCGUAUCUUUUCUAUAUGGCUCACAAAUUCACAUACUUCUCGGAUGCUGAUAUCAAACGUUCAUACAAUUUCGAAGUUUACAUGUUUCUUCUCGCUAUAUUUGUAUCAAUGACAAAUCAGUUCCAUAAAUGGUCACAUACAUAUUUCGGUUUACCUUCUUACAUUGUCUUUUUACAGCGUUAUCAUAUCAUUCUACCUCGUAAACAUCAUCGUAUACAUCAUGUUGUACCUCAUGAUACAUAUUUUUGCAUUACAACUGGUUGGUUGAAUCGACCGUUAGAAAUGAUCAAAUUCUGGCCAUGGUUGGAAGCAAUCGUAGAGAAAUAUACAGGAGCUAAACCUCGCUCAGAUGAUCUUGCUUGGGCACAGAAGACCGAAAAAGUUCAUGAUGAAUAG